AACCGUCCAAACUUGAGGUAGUACUACCGUUCUAUUGGAAGACUACCGGUCGACGACGCCUCUCAGAAAGAGUCUGGUUCGACGCCAACGAGGUGUGAUGCUGAAUCUGGUCGGGCCCUCUCUCGUGCCUGUCGCCGAGGACCUCAGCGCUGCCAUCGUGGCGGCUGUGCUCUGCGCCUCGCUGCUGCUGACGGCGGGCAUUCUGCAGCAAGGAGCGCAACCCUCAAUGUUCCAAGACGGCUUGAUCUUCUUCAGGCCAGUGUGCCACGUGGCAGCCGAUCACAUUAUGGACGCCGCGACAAACGACGCCGGGGUGGCGGAGAUACCGCCUGCAAGCAGCGCGCCACCAGGUUCGAUCGGCGCCCAGUUCGUGCUGGCGUCGCGUCUCCCAACGCUCACGCUGCUGCUCACGGUCGUCGUCGUCGUCGGUGCAGUCGUCGUCGCGUCAACGGCGACAACUUAAUGCAUCAUGCCGAGUGUAUAUAACCUGGGAUAUGAACGCGGCGGCGGCAGGUGGUCGGCCGUACCUAUACUUUAGACAAGUUGUUGCAAUGAAUUUUUACGGGGAAUUCCCGUUCUGCAACGGUCGCCG